AUGUUCUGGGGUACCAAGUCGAUUUCAGAUCUGUCGAGGCUCCGAAAAGAGGUACUUGAAGGUAGCUCAGGAACUGAUCCUGUGUUUUCCGCCGAGCAGACGCCGGAUGCACCGUGUGUCUUCUGGUGGGUCCCUUCGCCCGGUAUUGUACAAGCGUACAAUUACGGAGAGACGCUGAGGAGGUUCCGCACCGGACCUAGGGCCUACAGACCGCAAUUACUCGCGGGACAUCGCGGCUGCCCCAACACCUUCAAGUCCAGGUCUCCAUUACUACUGUCGCAGUGGUGCGCUGCUACGCGUACGAGUACAACAACGAGCAACAGACUCGUGUCUGCGUUCGAUGUCGCAUAUCGAAUUGGACUAAUAAAGAAUGUAUUCAGAAGCAAGUUCCUCAGCCAAUUGGUGGGCAUGUACCCUAAAAUCUUACGGCUUUGUGAUGAGGCGACGUCGAACGUCCUCAUGAUUCGUCUACACCUCGAGGAAUCAUCCUGA